GGGGCUGCGUUCGGGGAGACGGCGAGCGGGCAGGACGGCCCGCCGCGCAGCUCGCGCGUAGACCAGGCGCAGAAGAGGUCCGUCUUUCGCAGCGUCGAUGCGGCCGCGACGGCGCUCCAGCAGUCGCCCGUUCUCAAGGCCGAGUGGAUUGCUACCCGCGCGCUUCCUGAGGUGGCAUCGGCGCCAGCCCAGACAGUGCAGUCGGAGUUGAACUCGAAGACGAUGGUCUACGUCGAUUGCUCGCGCCUGAACGCUGCCGAGGUGUCCUUCCUGAGCAGGCGUCGGGCUGGCCAGUUCAAUGUGGCCCCUUUCAAGGGCUGGGCCAUCGAGGGCGCCCCCGAGGACUGCUGCGCGGUGAUCGACGACAUGCCGAAGGAGCUCACUGUGGGGCACAGGACAGCCCCCGUCGCCGGCGGACCGCGGGCGAGCAUGGUCGAAGGCAAGCAGGACAGCACGUGGAAGAGGAGGUCGUUGGGGGCGCGCGACGAGCACGAGAUGACCAGGACGGUCAGGGGCAAGCCUAACGGCGAGACGGAGGACAACAGCAGCGACGGGGCAGACGGGGCUAGCGCGGCCGGCCGCAGCACGGUGGGCGGCCCCAAGAGGAAAGAUAAGGCUGCCUCCGCGUCCGACGCCUCGGGCGCGCAUCAAACAUCGGCGUCGGUGGCCGAGCAGCUCGCGGCCAUCGACGCCGCGGUCGAGGCCGCGACGUUCAACCCCAGUGUAGCGGGGCCGGGGCCGCAGGGCCAGCGUCUCCUGAAGAUGCCCCCAGACUGCAAGACGGUAGUCUCGGCCACCAGCGGUCCCAAGCGCACUCCCAGCGGCAUUGGUUUUGACAGCGGCGCCUCGGCUGCGGGCGGCGGCGCGGCGCAUUCCGCUUGCCCGGCGGGCCCGAAGGACAAGUGCUACAACUGGAUCCAGCAGAGCGACCUGACGAGAACUCUCGAUUGCAAGCCGAUGGGGAGGGAAUUGGGCGAGGGCAGCGAGCUGAUCGGAAGGCUUGCUGGACAGCGCGGGUUUCAAGCCCUCAGCUCGCGCAUGAAGUUGGCAGAGCUCGCCCGCGCAUGCCCCAUCGCCCGCGGCAGAUUUGCUGGGGGGGGCAACGGAGAGUGCGACCACGCGAAGCUCGAGGCAGCCAGUGCGAAGUACCCUUGGAGCCAGACCCAGCACAUGGCGAGGCGUAAGUUGCGCAAGGACUUGAAGGUGAUCGAUGUGGGCAUCAACGGCGUGGGCGAGUCGAAUCUGGACGAGCUCGUGAGCAGCAGCGUUUGCUUCAACAUGACUGGCGAUGCCUUCUCCAUGGACUUCGAUCCAUUGGGCCCCUUUCUCAAACACGGGUCGAGUAUCAGCGCCGAGAAGUGCGGCUUCUUUUUCGAGUUCUUGCUUCAAGAGGUGUUUUGUCCUUGGUGCAUGAAUGAUUCGGAGUGCGCAGACGCCGUUCGCGCGAUGGCGAAGGUGGUGCUCAAGCACGUGGGCGCCGAGCUGCGCGGUCUCAACUUCCCGGCGGAGUUCGAGGCGGAGUUUUUGGAUAUCAGCGAUUGCAUGAAGUUCGUGGGUGCGCUGGCCAUCGCGACCGGCGAUUGCUCGGAGUUUCCCAUCGAAGGUCAGUGGCAGCCUGGGAGCAAUUCGGCCAGCAAGUCAAGGAGAAGUUCAGGUGGCUGGAGACGCUUGCGGAUGAAGACCUCCGCGCAGUCGCCCUGGCGCCACAAGAAGAGAUCACCCUCGCGGCAGGGCGACUCGAGGCAGCAAUCGCUGCGUUGGUCGGCUGGCAUUCGGGAUUUUUUUCGGCCUCAUGCAUUCAACAGCUUCGACGAUCAAGCGAAGAAAGCCGUGGAGUACGUGUGCAAGGGCGUCAUGAUCCAGGGCCUGGACGCGACGAACGUCCCUCCUGAGCGGGCGAGGGCCCUUCGGGAGCUCAUGAGGGUGGCCCGGCAGCUGCUCCCGAUGGACGAUGAGAUCAACGCUUGGGCGACGCACCUGGACAAGAAGCUGGUGCUCGACGGAAUGGUCGCCAAACAGGAGAAUAAUGACGAGCCCGACGCCUCGAUGCGGGCCAACUUCAUGGAGGCGCUGACGACCUCCUCCGGCACGGCCGCCCCCGACGCAGAGACGGAGCUCGCCCUGAAUGGCGUCUUCUGGACUUGGACCGCCAUCGUUCGCGCUAGCAGGGCGGACGACGGCAUGGGCUUCGAGCAUUCCGAACAACCAUUGGCGACGGUUACAGGCAACCUCAAAACGACGAACAACAAGGCCGCCAAUAACAUAAUCCAGUACCUCGCGGUGUUUCGGCACUUACAGGGAGCGCGGCAUGCCCUGAGGGAGCUCGGAAGUGGCCCGAUGGACAUCGCCAGGCACGGCGACGCGAUCCGCCUCGCCCAGGAUGGUCCGGGCCAAAGCUUCGCGAUGAAG